CCUGAGAGCAGGGUAACAUCUUUUCUCUUAUUUGGGGGCGAAAGAUCAUCAAAAUUCGAAGAAGCUCUUUUUCCUUUAGUAAAUUGUGAGUCCUUCCUAUAACUUCUAGGUAGCCAUGUCACAGCUUUGGGUGAAGAAAGCCAAGGCUGAGGUCUCUCGGCACUCGCGCAUGCUGGAGACCAUCAAUCGCGUGUUUCCCAUGCCAUUUGAGGAGCGCCGCGGACGUGUUGGGACGGUGACCUAUGGCACCUAUCGUUGGCUUAGAUAUUUUCCCUUCUUUUUAGUUCCCUUAAUUCUUGGCGGGGCUAUUCUGGAGACGCGCGAUAACCCCAAAGAGCACGUCUUCACGGCUCUGCAUCUCUGGCUGGCUGAUCACGGCGUGUUUCGGCAUGAUACAGUCAAGGCAUUGAAUCCAGCAUACGAAGACGAGCGACGAGAGAUAGAGUGGAAGACCAAUGAUCGAAAAUGGCGGUUUACAGGAACUGAUACACCAUCUGAGCGAGAGCUACGGGAAUUUGCUGCAAUCAACAUGGAGCGACAACGUCGCAGCCAGCUGUAGUCGAAUCUGUAUGCAAAAAUUGAGGGGAGGAAGUUGUCUUUGCUCAAGCAAGUGGGAUUUUCCCCCCUUUUGAUGAUGUUAAAGAGACAGUUCUUUGUCCUUAAAUUUUUGUAUAGCAAUUGGUGUUAUUGUCGAUAUUUUUUUUGUGUUGCUACAAUUAUUUAUUCAAUUUUUUCUGUUCAUGACUCCGGCCUUUAAGAU